CGACAGGCUUAUAGGCCCCUUCCAACUUCAUUAUUCUAUGAUCGAUUGCCUGAAUCUUUACUUUCUGCAAAGAAGUCAAAAUAAAUACAUGCGAUUACGGAGGCGCGGGGGAACAGCACGAUUCGUUGCCCGUGCAGAAUUUGUUUUCUCUCCCCAGGCCGAUUUGGUGACAAUCCCAUGUCCACUUCACAGCUGAAGAACCGGCCCUUAUACUGUACUCGAGUUUGCAGUGCUGUUCCUUCUCCCCACCUUCUAUAUAUGUACCUCGUUAGUCAGCCUCCCUCUUUUCUCCCUUUCCUUCCCAAUCUCUUCAAAUAAGCAACCAAUCAGCAAGAAGCCUCCGGGCCGUCGGGGAGUGGCUUGGAACGACUCGGUUCGACGACAGCUAUAUAAGGGUGCCAAAGGAGAGCGGGAAGUUGCCGCGGGCGGAGGGAAAUACUCGCGAGAGUUGGCAGGCGGGGGGCUGGGGUACGUCUGGAACCGCCGCGCUUUCUCACGUGGAGGGUUUCAGAAAACAACACCCCCUCAGGAGAAACAUAGUUUCUUGCUGACUUGCAGCCAGGUCGUUGUAAUCUACAAUUGCUCGCAAAGGGGUGCGUAACCCACUUAGUUAAUCCGAGACCUUCUUGCGCUCCCGCUUUUCAGGCACAUUUCUUCACUAGCGGCUCCCUCGUGCUGCUUCCGCGGAGCUACCCACAGGCACCGCUGUGUAUAGCCCGGCAGUCGGGAGCGGGGCCCCGGCAUCGAGGAAAGCCGAGGCGGUCUUUCCUUGCCAUCAGAACCAUUCAGGUGUGCUCCUUGAGGAAUUGCAAGGGAGAGCGUAAGAGAGUCCUUUUGGUUUUACUUCCGAGGAAGCCUGCCUGAAGCCCACUAAAAACGGCGAAGAGCCUGCCCUCAGCCUCCCCUCCCUCGCCUUUGCUCUCGCUCUCUUCUUCUUCUUCUUCUCCUCUCAGGUGUCGCCCGCCGCCGCCGCCGCGAUCCCGUCGCCCGCAGACUAGAGCGAGGCAGGGAGGCUCGUGCCCGCCCCUUUCCCCUCCCAUUUGGUUCAUUAGCGGCGCGAGGAGGGAGCUGCUCUGGGGGAUUUGUUCUGUGUUGUGAUUACCUGCGCAGGAUCGGGCUCGGAAGCGAGAAUUCGCCCGCGCAGCGGAGACUGCGGAGCCUGCCUGAGGAAAGCCCUCCCUGCGCCUCCCAAGGUGUACCGCUGAUUAGCGUUGUUUAGUUAAUAUGAGGCGGGAGGGCAAACCUUUCCACCUCUAAGUCGUGUCUGCGGGAGUUUAGAACAGAAACGGGGGUGGGAGGGGGAGAAGGCACUUUAGUGUGUGUGUGUGUGUGUGUUUUUCCUCCUCCCACAUGCAUGCAAUUUAACCUCCAUCGGAGUCCAUCCUUCCCUUCCCCGUAUCACAAAGUCCGUUGGGCUUGAGGGCAAGAAGGCGGCGUGCGGAGCUCUUGCUCCUGACCGCGCCAGGCUUUCCUCUCUCGGCGAGGGAGCGACCGAGCGAGCAGGCAGGCAGGCAGGCAGGCAGGCAUGCAGUCGCGGCUUCUGUGAUAGGCGGACAUCGGCGGUCGCAAUGCAGUUUCGUGCAGGCGGCGGCGGCGGCGGCGAAAGCGAGGUUUUGAAAGGGGCGCAGCGCGGGGCUGGUGGCGGCGACGGCGGCUGCUGCUGCUGUUCUUGCUGUUGCGUCUAGCCCGGCGGGGACGGGAUUCCAGCAUGUUGUGCAGGAGACCCGGCGAGAGGAGAAGACAGACCAGCAGGCACUGAAGCGCGCAGGGCUGGGCUUGUCGAUCCGCCCGUCUGGCAGCUGACUUCACAGUGAUUCGGCUUUACCUUGGAAGGGGGUGUCCAGCCUAGGACCCUUGGGAUUGGCAUCUCCGCCCUGCCCUCGGAAAGACUGCUGCCAAGCCGACUUCGCUUGUGGAUCGGGUGUGACAUCAGCUUCCUUUCGCUUCGAUCGGGGAUUUAGAUUCUGCUUGGGACUUCUGAGACCUUGGAAGAGGAGGAGGGGUUUCUCGUCUCUUCUGCUUUCCCUUCUGUCGGGAGGGUGAAGUUCUCCACGGUUUGGGGGCCUUCUUUUAAAGAAACCGAGAUCGGUGGCUGCUUUGGGGGACCCCGUGGCGGCAGAGAGGAAACGAUGAAGCUGCUGGUCGCGCUGGCUCGGCUCAGCCUGGUGGGGCUGGUUCUGCUGCUCCAUCUCAGGGAGGCGGCGCCGCAGCCGUGCCCGGGUCAGUGCUCCUGUUCGGGUAGCACCGUGGACUGUCAUGGGCUGGCGCUGCGGAGUGUCCCGAGGAACAUUCCACGCAACACCGAGAGGCUGGAUCUUAAUGGAAAUAAUAUCACAAGGAUCACGAAGACUGAUUUUGCUGGUCUGCGGCAUCUUCGAGUUCUUCAACUCAUGGAAAACAAGAUUAGUACAAUUGAGAGAGGAGCAUUCCAGGACCUGAAAGAGCUGGAGAGACUGCGUCUAAACAGAAAUAAUCUUCAGCUUCUCUCUGAGUUGCUGUUUCUGGGAACACCAAAACUCUACAGGCUGGAUCUCAGUGAAAACCAGAUUCAUGCCAUUCCAAGAAAGGCUUUCCGUGGAGCUGUGGAUAUUAAAAAUCU